UUUCAGAUUUGGAGUCCAUUUGAGCAGCUGGAGUUCAUAGAUACCACCUCUUAUUGUUGCUAAGAUGCCGCCAAGGAGAAGAACCACCCGUGCCCAGACCGCCAGAGCCGUUAGAGACAAUGUAGAUGAGCAUGAGCAGCCCGCAGUUCCACCACCCGCGGCUCCACCAGUUGAUCAGGAUGCAUUGAGACAGAUGGUUCAGGAUGCCGCUAGACAGGCCGCUCAGGAAGCACUUCAGCAGAUUGCCCAGGAGGCAGCCAGGCAGGCCGCUCAGGAGGCCGCCCGAGUAGCUGCUCAGGAGGUUGCUCGUCAGAUGGCUGCCGUUCAGCAGGGACCGCAGAUUCAGGUUCAGCAAGUUCCACUGGUUCAUGUCCAACAAGAUCAGCAGAUUCCAGCUCAGCAUGAUCAUCAGGAUCCCGUUCAGCAGGUUCCCCUUCCACAGGUUCCUCUGCAGCAGGGUCCAGUUCAGCAGUUUGCUCAUGGUGUUCAGGAUCUACCGCCACCACCACCGCGACCUCAUGUUUACCCGGUUUAUAAUGAGAGGUUCUACAGGCUGACAUGUCAGAUGAGAAACAUGGAGAUGGAGCAUUUUAGCGGGACAGUGGAUGCUGUAGCUGCACACGAUUGGAAGUUAGCCUUGCAGCGGAAGCUGGAGAUUAUUGAGUGUCCACCAGAGUUGUCGCUCAGAUUGACUAUGCAGUACCUUCGUGGAGAUGCUCUUAUAUGGUGGGAGGGAAUACGAUUGAGCCAUUUUGGGCCAGAGAGACUUACUUUCGCUGAUUUCAUUCGAGAGUUCGAUAGGAAAUACUUUCCGAAGGAAGCGAUGGAUAGGAAGAAGUGCGAGUUCGAGCAUGUAAGCCAGGGAGAGAUGUCUAUCAGGGAGUAUGAGGUUGUGUUCAACCAACUUCGCAGAUUUGCAGGAGUGGGCAUUUCAGAAGAAGACUUGAUUAGAAAGUUUUUGAGUGGGAUGCGAGUGGAGAUUCGUAACAGGUGUCGCGUAGUCACUUACCACCGGUUGGGAGAUUUGGUGGAGAAAGCUGCCGAGCAGGAGGCAGGCUUGGCGGAGGAGAAGGAACUCGCCAAAGCAGUUCAUGUUAAGUCUGGAAAAGCUCCAGAGUCUCAAAGGAGAGCAGGGGACCCGUCGGGAUUACCGAUAUGUCCUCGUUGCCAUCGCAGUCACAGUGGGCAGUGUAUGAGGUGUCUUACUUGCGGUAGGAUUGGACACAUUGCGAAGUUUUGUCGAGCUAGGCCAUUGGAUACGCCACCAGUCAGACAGAUUGCAGCACCAGCAGCACCAGCAGCGGCACAUGUUUGCUUUGGCUGUGGUCAGCCAGGUCACUUCAUCAGAGAUUGCCCGAGGAAGGACAAUGCGGCACUUCCACCACCACCGAAGCGUCUAGCCAUCGCUCCACGUGUGUUUGCGGUUGGAGAUCCUCAGGGAGCUGAGCCGAUAGCAGGUAUGAGUCUUUUCCAUACUUGUUUGUGUUUGGGUAUUUUGGCUCGUGGUUGUCAUGUGUAGUUAGUAAAAAUCUCGUGUAGGAUCGGUUUUAGUUGGAGGAGAGUCAGCUUAUACCUUAUUCGACACGGGAGCCUCUCAUAGUUUUGUGAGUCCGCGCUUAGUCCAGUCUUGGUCUUUUCGUGGAGUCUUUGAACCGAAGGCUAAGCAGAUCCAGACUGCCGGCACGGAGAAGUUGGGUGCAGUUGGCAUUCAUCACGAUGUACCAGUUCUACUUGGAGGAGUCGAGUUGCUCGGAGAUUUGACGGAGAUGGAGAUGAGCUCCUACGAUGUUAUACUUGGGAUGGAUUGGCUGUCGCGACAUCGAGUAGUCUUGGAUUGUCCGAAGGCAAGAGUUAAUAUCCCUAGAGAAGAAGGAAAGAUCAUUUGCGAGGGAAUUCAGACACACCGGGAAAUUUCUAUCGUCUCCAUGUUGCGUGCAGAAGAGUUAUUGGAAAGUGGAGCAGAGGGAUUCUUGGCAACCAUUUCGAUGGUUAAGGAGGACGGUCAACAGAAGCUGCA